UGACACAUGUGAUAUAGAGGAUUUUUGACUGGCGUGAGAUGCCACUCCGUGGCUUUAUUGAUGACCAGAUGAUCGAUCUGCUGAUGUCAGACUGUGAAUAACGACGCUAGGAACAAAACAAGUAUCAUGCAGGCGGGGGUGUAUCGCAGCUGUUUUUGGGAGUGUUGCGUCCCUGCCCCCACAACCCCCGGGUUUAUUUUGAGGCGGUCUUAUCACAGCUGUGGUGGUGGCAGCGUGUCCCAGCCCCUCCGCACUCCUUCCUUUCCCCCUCUGGCCCUCGGUCCCGGUAAGACCCCCGUGCGCUGUGUCCCGUACGUUACUAACAUGCAACUAACAUCCAGCGCGUGCUGUGUGUGCAAGUGUCAGGAGCUGCAGGCGUUGCGUCAUAACACCGGAAGACUCGCGUCUCCGUCCCAGUGUGACGGUGGUGUGCACGCUCGCCGGAUAAAGCAUGCGCCACCACCGACCAUUUCCAGCAAAUACGCCUCGGAAAUGCACGUUUCUGCACGCGCAGCUGCCGCCGCCGCCAUCAGGAGCGUCGGAUUGGGAAAUAAAGAAAUGUUUUGCCCAUAAAAGGAGUUCUUAAAAUAGCCUGCGGCUCCGGAACAGGUGCCAUGUGCUCUGCUCGUGAAGGCGCCGCGCUAAUUUUAUGCACGCCGACCGUGUCACAUUUACAAAAGGACGACUAGAAGGCAAACGACACCAGGGGUGUCCAAAAUGCGGCCCGAGGGCCCACUCUUUUCUUAUUGGCCCGCUCAAAAUAUGAUGGGAAUAUAGUCAUAAUAUCACAAAAAUAAUUAUAAUUACUGUAUAAUAUUAUGAGAAUAAAGUUAUCAUGUUAUGAGAAUACAGUUAUCAUUUUAUGAGAAUACAGUUAUCAUUUUAUGAGAAUAAAGUUAUUAUGUUAUGAGAAUAGUUAUAAUAUUAUGAGAAUAAAAUUAUCAUGUAAUGAGAAUAGUUAUCAUGUUAUGAGAAUAGUUAUAAUAUUCUGAGGAUAAAGAUAUCAUGUUAUGAGAAUGUUUAUAAUAUGAGAAUAAAGUUAUCAUGUUCUGAGAAUGUGAUGAGAGUAAAGAUAUCAUGUUAUGAGAAUAAAGUUUUCAUGCUAUGAGAAGUUAUAUUAUGAGUAGUUCUGAGAAUGUGAUGAGAGUAAAGAUAUCAUGUUAUAAGAAUAAAGUUUUCAUGUUAUGAGAAUGUGAUGAGAAUAAAGUUAUCAUGUUAUGAGAAUAAAUUUCUCAUGUAAUGAGAACAAAGCCAAAAUAUUACCAGAAGAAAAUUGACAAGAAGAAAGUUGAAAUAAUUAGAAAAUUGGAAGCUAAACAGCAGAAAUAUAAAAAAACAGCUGCCACUGUCAGAAUACGUCCAAAUAUGAAGAAAAGAAGGUUGUAUACUAAUGAGAAAAGAAGUUGCAAUGUCAUGAGAAUAAAGUGAUAAGAUGAGGAGGAAAAAUGAUGAUGUGAUUUUAGGCAUAGAGUUGAAAAAUUCCACAUCAUUUUGGUAAAAGUUGUCACUUCUGUCAAAUGAGGUUUGGUUCAAUAAUAAUAUCAUGAAAAAAAAUGUAUAAAGAUGAUUUAAGAAGAAAUGUCAAAUAUUUGUCAAAGAAAAGGAAAAAGAGAGCGAAGAGUGCAGUUGAUCGUAAUCAUGUUUUUUUUUCACCGAUAAGACAAAAUACUUUUGCUUGCAUUAUUUUUGCUUUCCAAAAUGUCCAAGCGGCAAAGUUGCAUCCUUUCGUGGUUGAACGUGCAGGCAGGGAAACACCUUUGGACACCCCCCAAAUUUGAGAUUGGCCUCACAAGGCCAGCUAGCAGGCGUAGCGUCACGUCAGCCUUUUUCUGCCCUCUGAUUGGUGGAUGCGUGAAAGCCAGGGUUGAUGUGGUUGUCAUAUGAAGAGAAAACGACGGCAGCAAGAUGGAGGCUUGUCCAGAGAGCAGCACUCAGGCGGUACCGGCAGGAGGUUCGAACGUCGACCCCACGGACGACCUGGCCGAGCAGCUGGAGGACAUCAUUGCCACCUACCGGGCUGACGACGUCUCCGCCGAGCCGGAGGACGCGGAGGACGUGCGGCCCGACAAGGACGGCCGACGGGAGCAGAAGCUGGAGAAGAAGAUGCUGAAGAACUUGGGAAAGGAAGCCACGCUGCUCAUGCAGAGCCUCAACAAGCUCCACACUCCCGAGCAGAAGCUGGAAGCCACCAUCAAGAAGCACGCUGAGCUGCUGGAGGAGCACAGGAGCGACCAGAAGCAGCUGAAGCUUCUGCAGAAGAAGCUGCUGCAGGUGAUGAAGGACAAGGACCAGCUGCAGAGCGAGCACAGUCGCGCUGUGCUGGCACGAAGCAAACUGGAGGGACUGUGCCGAGAACUGCAGAGGCACAACAAGACCUUAAAGGAGGAGACGCUGCAAAGGUGCCGGGAGGACGACCUGAAGAGGAAAGAGAUCACCACCCACUUCCAGGGAACGCUGAGCGACAUCCAGGCCCAGAUCGAGGAGCACAGCAGCCGGAACACCAAACUAUGUCAGGAGAACAGCGCCCUGGCCGAGAAGCUGAAGGGCCUCAUUACCCAGUACGACCAGCGUGAGGCGAACCUUGAGAAGGUCUUCAAGCACCGAGACCUGAAGGAGAAGCUGCUGGACACCAAACUGACGCAGGCCAACAUGCUGCUGAAGGAGGCGGAGGAGAAGCACAAGCUGGAAAAGGAGCUGCUGCUGCAACAGGCCGCCGAGUACAAGUCGCAGGUGAGGCUGCUGAAGGAGCAGGAGGCGGACAUGAAGGCGCAGCUCGACGUCUACUCGCAGAAGUUUGACGAAUUCCAGGGCACAGUUUCCAAGAGCAACAGCGUCUACAGCGGCUUUAAACAGGACAUGGACAAAAUGGCCAAGAAGAUGAGAAAGCUGGAGAAGGAGUGUCAGUCAUGGAAGAGUCGCUUUGACAGCUGCAACAAGAGCCUGCUGGACAUGGUGGCGGAUAAAGCUGUGAGGGACAAGGAGCUGGAGCUUCUCAUCAUCAAGAACCAGAAGCUGGAGAACCUGUGCAGGGCUUUGCAAGGCGAGAGGAAGAGCCUCUAUGAGAAGGUGCAAGCUGCCGGCGAUGCUGAGGCGGCAGAGAAGGAGGUUGCCCAGGAGGACCACCAUGAGGAGCAGGAGACCACCCCGCGCCCUCCUACCUCGGAAACCCCUCUGAGCGAGGAACUGGCCAAGCUGAAAGCCGAGCAGGCUCUUCUGAAGGAGAUCGCCGUCUUCCACGUCGUGCCCACAGACGCCACACAAGGACCCUCCCACGCAGAGAAGAGCCUCCAGGAGGCGGAGAACCAUGGACCUGAAGAAGAAAAAGAUGUGGAACUGGAGUCUGUUGAUUAGUCCAACAUGUCACGGCCGUUCCACCACAAUGAGGUUCAUUUGGUCCAACGUUCCUACCUUCAACACUUCUUUGUACUGUACAAGAAAACAUCUACAAGAAACCAAUGUCCACUUUGUCCUCAAUGUCCCGUCCAUUUGACAAAGCAGGCGAUAUUCAUGCAAUCAUUGCACUGGUGGCCAAAGUGCGGCCUGAGGGACAGUUGCAGCCCGUGGCUGUUUUCUUCUUGGCCCGCCACACGUACUGAAGAUAGCAACCAAAACAAUAAAACAGCAUUUUACAACAUAAGAAACUAAAGAUCUCCCCGUGUGCGCGUGGGUUUUCUCCGGGCACUCCGGCUUCCUCCCACAUUCCAAAAACAUGCAUGUUAGGUUAAUUGGCGACUCUAAAUUGUCUAUAGGUAUGAAUGUGAGUGAAUGGUUGUUUGUCUAUAUGUGCCCUGCGAUUGGCUGGCAACCAGUCCAGGGUGUACCCCGCCUGUCGCCCGAAGUCAGCUGGGAUAGGCUCCAGCAUGCCCCCGCGACCCUAAUGAGGAUGAAGCGGUAUAGAAAAUGGAUGGAUGGAUGGAUGAAGAAACUAAAGAAAUAAAGUUGUCAUUUUGGGAAAAUAGAUUGUGGAAAAAGUUGCUACUCGAGUAACGUCCAAAUCUUGUGGGACAAAAGACAAGUAGAAAAACUACCUGGAAAAUAUCAAGAAAAUUUUUUUUUACAAAAAUGAAAAAUACGGAGAGAAAAAUGGACAAAAAGCAAAAGUCAUAAUUUUACAAGAGUCACGUAAAAUGAAGAAAAACAUUUGAGUAGCGGAAAGUUUAAAUUUUGAAAAAAAAAUGCUUUUUUUUUACAGUCAUAAUAUUAUGAGAAGCAAACUAAACAAAAAUCAAGUUGGAAUUUCUGGAAAAUGAAGUCAUAAUCUUACGGGAAUAAAGUCAAAACAUUACAAGCAUAGAUUUUUUUUUAUGUAAAAAAAAAAUCUAUUAAAGUGCUGCUCCAAAAAUAAUAGCUCAAAAAAACAAAGUAGAGGUGCAUAAUAGUGUGUAUUUCUGUGCUCUGAAUAAAAACAUUGUAAAUAUGAAUGCUUCUAUGCAUCCUCAGUCCAGUUCAGCAGGCUUCCAUCCCCACUGUCAAGGUCAAGGUCAAGGUCAAAUGUAUUUCUAUAGCAGGUAAACUGCCCAAAGUGCUGUACAGUCAAAAAGUCAAAACAAUGGACCAAAUGAACGACACUAAUGAAACAAUAAAACAAGGCCCAGGUUAACCUGUGUUACGUAACAGGAAGACUUCCAUGACGACAAAGUGCUCCAGUGAUUGUGCACAUGUAAUGUUUGGGGGCGGGCCAUUCCAAAGUCUCGGACCAGGGACAGAGAAGGCCCCAUCCCCCCGAGAUUUAAGAUGAGACCUGGGAAUGUGAACAGGACCUCAUGGUUCCAGCGGGACACCGAAGAUGAGGAUUAGCCAUUUGAACCGGAUCCUGUAAGCAACAGGUCACCGUGUCAAGAGGCGGGGGCUGGGGGUAAACAGCGUGGGCCGGCCACCGCUUCCCCUUUCUGAGGCGUUGGACGCUUUGCCAGAACCUCUUCGAGGCUGACCGAAAG